ACAAAACGUGCACGCGCUUGCUCGUUCUGGGUCGCGCGCAUUAUCUCCAGUGUCGUAGGCACUGUGACUUUAAGAACGAUUUUUAUAUAUAAAUAUAUAAAUAAAUAAUAGAUUCUUCCGGUCCAUUAUAACAAACGGCAAAUAUUGUAUCAGACAGCGAAGGGGGUAUAACAAGGAUCUGCGUCUACGCUAAAAACAGCGGGUUUUUUCCCCUUCAUCAUGGUGAAGAUCAGCUUUCAGCCCAUCGCGGGACAAAAAAACGAGAAAGAGGAGGGUGAUGGAGAUAAAACUCAAAUAUUCAUUCCGCAUUCACACGUGGAAGAGGAGCUGGUCUUGCCUGUCGGACGGAAACGCUCCUCUCUGAGUGGACUUUGCUGUCUGACAACUGCACUGAUUGUCUUCACCUGCAGUUUGAUAUAUGCUUCAAUUUAUAUCUACCGUUACUACAUCAUUCCUCAGGUUCCGGAUCAGAGUCGAUUCCACUGCCGUGUCGUGUACGAGGACUCUGUGGCUGCUCCACUGCGGGGGUCUCACGAGCUGGAAGAGAGCGUUGGGAUCUACCUGAAGGAAAACUACGAGCAAAUCAGCAUACCCGUGCCCGACUUCAGCAACACAGACCCUGCUGACAUCAUUCAUGAUUUCAACAGGGGUUUGACGGCUUACCAUGAUAUUGCCUUAGAUAAAUGUUAUGUCAUCGAGCUCAACACCACUGUGGUUAUGCCACCUCGUAACCUCUGGGAACUUCUCAUUAAUGUCAAGAAAGGGACUUACCUCCCCCAGACUUACAUUGUUCAGGAAGAGAUGGUCGUGACUGGCCGCGUUAAUAAUAUGCAUCAGCUUGGCCGCUUUAUUUACCGUCUGUGCAACGGUAAAGAUACGUACAGGCUCCGUCGCCGCACCUCACGCCGUCGUAUCACCAAGCGUGAUGCGCAGAACUGUCACCGAAUCCGUCACUUCGAGAACACGUUCGUGGUGGAGACAGUGAUUUGUGAGACUCCAUAGGCUGUUUGUCUCUUUGCCCCACCUACUUCUGAUGAGAUCACACCCUUUGGUCUCAGUAGCCACACCCCUUUGAAAAUCACAUUCUUUACCUCUAAUUCUUCAUGUCUUCACACCCCAUUUCUCUCUCUUUUUGUACUUCUCUCUCUCUGUACCCAGUAAUUCGUUACAAAUGUUCCCUUGAAGGUGUCUGAACAGUUCGUUUCUGCAUAUUUGCAAUAAUGAGCAUAUUCAAAUCGACGCAUUUAAAAAUGUAACAGUAGCAUCUAAAGUCUUAAAAUGAGAAGAUUACAUGGGCAUUAAGCUGCACAAUGCCUGCAUGCUCGUACCUGCGUGUAACUGGCUGUUUGUGCACCAUCAAACUGCUCUUUGCUCUCUUAUAUAUUUGUGUGUUUUAAGAUCUAUUCUUGGAUAGAGAUGCACCGGAACUGGCCAAAAAUACCAUAAAAUGAUGCAAAAGACCAAAAAAUAUCAGAAAGCAUCACUCUAACAUUCAGUCUCUGAAUUCAGUUAAUGUACACUAGACUACAAAACAAUAAAAGCACAUUAUUAUAAGAGAGUUUGCUUGUGCAGACACAUUUGGAAGGGUAAAGGGUCUUCUUAGGCACAAUAUUUGCUUUUUCUUUCGAUGCAUCACUAUUCAUGGAUAUCCUAACUGAUCCUAGUGGCGGUAAAAGCGAAAAGAUGAAAAUCGCAGCCAUCAUUACAUCUAUCACAUGUGUUCGUUUUCUACGUAUCUCAAUAUCCAGUAUGUUACGGUAGUGCUUUUACUACAAGCUUCCUGUGCCACUUCCUCUUUUCUUCUUAUCCUCCUGCAUGCUUUUCAAGACUACACAUGCAUUGUUUGAGUAUUUUCUUAUCAUAUGAGCAAAGCCUUAGGCCAGAUUCAUGCCCUGGACUAAUGUAUACAAUCUUAAAAGCUCUUCGUGUUUAUGUGUGUGUUGAAGUUAAAAACCUUGUUUAGUUGGGUGAAGCAAACAUGUAAAUAAACCAACAAGACCUAG